CGUGUGUCGCGCUGGUCCCAAGCAGGCAUCUCCACCGUCGCGCCUGCCAACCUCAGUGGUCAACCGAGGCGGGUACGCACAGUCGGUGAGCCUCGGUGUGAAAUUUCGGACCGUCGACCGGCAGCAGUCGACUCCCACGCCCACGAACGCACCGUCCGGAGUCCAAUUGUACCAUUACUCAAUAUCAACCUGUGCCCGCCUCCCGACCAUCAUCCGCUUGCCAACCCGACGCCAUGGCCCUGCUCGACAAAGUCCCGGGCGGGUUGAAGCUCUACAUCGGCGGCAUCUUCACCCUGCGCCGGCGUGACGCUCUGCGCGAGGCUAACAUCACGCACGUGCUGUCCGUGCUGCGCAUGCCCGUCGACGACGACCUCUUCAGCCCCUACACACACCACGUAGUCCAGGUUGACGACGUCGAGGACGAGAACCUGCUCGAGCACUUCCCCGCCACCAAUCGUUUCAUCCAGGACGGUCUCGAUGGCGGUGGCGCGGUGCUUGUACACUGUGCCAUGGGCAAAUCACGAUCGGCUACAUGUGUCAUCGCUUAUUUGAUGCAAAAGCACCACAUCAGCGUCUUCGAAGCGCUCUCGCAAGUGCAACAAGCCCGACCAAUUGUUGAGCCAAACGAGGGGUUCAUGAAGCAAUUGGAGCUGUACGGCCAAAUGCAAACGCCGGACAGUGUGGAAGAUACGCCUGCCUAUCAACGCUGGGUAUACCAGCGCGAGAUCGAGCUGAGUAGAGCGGUCGGUCAAGCCCCUGAAGCAGAGAAGAUUCGUUUCGAAGACGAGCAUGUCACCGACCAGGCUGCGAGUUUCGAGCUGAGAUGUCGUAAAUGCAGGCGGCCACUCGCAACAUCACAAUACCUAGUUGCUCACGACACAUCCAAGAGUACCAUUGACCAGGGCCCGAUCUCAUCAAUCGCAGCAACAUCUCGCAAUUGCGCUCACUACUUCUUGGAUCCACUUUCAUGGAUGCGACCGGAGCUCGAGCAAGGCAAACUAGAUGGGCGCCUCGAGUGUCCCAAGUGCCAUGCAAACGUAGGGAAAUACGCCUGGCAAGGUAUGCAAUGCAGCUGCAACGAGUGGAUUGUGCCUGGUAUCAGUCUGUCCAAGAGCCGAAUUGACGAGGUCAAGAAGGCGACCGUUUCUGAGAUCCGUCGUCCUCCUGGACCAGUCGUGGCGUCGCCAGUCAACGCAAGGCAGAAUCUAUAAAUGUGGAGCAAGAUUCUAAUCCCAAAGUGCAUGCUCAGCAUGCUAGAGUCUUGACAUGCACCCAUCUAGAUCCGCAAUGUACACAGGGUUCUGUGCAACGCGAUCUGGUACAAUGAGUGGUCACCCGUGGACGUCAAGUUGGCACGUGACCAAAACGCCUCGAGAAGUUGUCA